AGUGAUACCGAGGCUAUAUAACAGCAGCAGUGAAACAUAAAUAAUAAUUUGCUCCAAAAUGGAUGCUAAUAGUGGUGAGAAGUAUCUUUAUUUUAGUAAAUGAUGAUCCCAAGGUCAUCAUCAUCGACGACAGCUUCCUCAAAGGUGAGAUCGUCUCGAGAAUUCUGUCAGGAACGGCUUUGCUGUCCCCAGGACCGGACGGAAGCUGAUUUCAGAUGUGAUAAAUGUGGUACACUUCAAUGUAAGGACUGUGAAAAAACCAUACAUCACAAUUCUAAGUUUGUAUGUCAUGAAAGACAGCCAUUGGCACCACCACCGUCGUCAAAGCUUUGCGCUAGUUCAUUUUGUGACAACAAGAACUAUGCUGAUGUCCGCUGUGAAGAUUGUCAAUUAAAUUUGUGCUACCAGUGCAAUGAAGCCUUACAUCGCUCUAAUAGCAGACGGUGCUCCCAUAGGCGACUUCGCUUCCGUGACUACGAGAAAAAAGCUCAGCAACCAACCCUAGUUUCAUUAGUGCACCCAACUCCUAAUACAAGUUCACUUCCUCAAUGUUCAGAUCAAAGCCAGCCAGCCACUCUGCUACUUCAAACAACGAGCAAUAAUAACAAUAGCACCAUUUCUAACACGGCAAGUGCAGCCACAGUGUUUACUUGUAAUCCAAUUAUUAAACCUUUAUCUCCUAUCGGUGACAAUGAUGAUUCCCUAACUUAUGUGACUCUGCCACAAGAGCUUGCACAAACUCUGCCCGAAACAGAAAUGUCCUUCUCUAGUGCCCAUUCUGAUUCUAGUAUACAAAGUAUUCCUGAUGUGUGUAUCAACGAAAAAGAUAUGGCGACAACCUCGAAGGAAGUUGACAAAAAACUACCCCAAACGGGCUCCACUGCUCAAAACAAAAACAAAGUGUCUUACGAUGAAUGUGUUUGCUUCAAACUUGUUGACGAAGAAGAAAAACUGCUCAUUGAAAGUGAGGAAGAUCUACUUAAGAGACUUGGAUGUAACGUAAACUGUCUUGUGAAAGUUAUUUCUAUAUUUGGCAACACUGGUGAUGGCAAAUCUCAUACACUCAACCACACUUUUUUCCAUGGUAAAGAGGUGUUUCCAACUUCAACAUCUCAGGACUCCUGCACCAUAGGAGUUUGGGCAGCUUAUGAUCCAAUAAACAAAGCAGUAAUCAUAGACACUGAAGGUAUGUUGGGUGUGACAAAAAACCAAAACCAAAGAACACGCCUUCUACUCAAAGUCCUUGCUGUCUCUGACAUUGUUAUCUACAGAACACGUGCUGAGCGCCUGCACAAUGAUCUCUUUUACUUUCUCGGUGAUGCUUCUAAUGCGUAUGGGAAACAUUUUGCAGAAGAGCUGAAAGCAGCGAAUAAACGGUGCAAUUUGAACCUCUCCCUCUCUACUAUGGGACCAAGUGUAAUCAUCUUUCAUGAAACCAUGCAUACCAAAGUUUUACGGACAGAUGGCAAUCCAAUUGAAAUGGCUUUGAGAGAACGAUUCAAGAAGUUAGAUUGCAGUUUUGAAAGCUUUAGUGAUUUGAAAUAUGUUGGCAUUCAAACACAAGUGCCACCUACAGAUUUUGGGGUUUUACGCAGAGUUGUUCAGGAACAAUUGAAUAAUCGAUCGAUCAGGUCACCAAGGAAACCAGAGAUUAUAUUCAAAGUUCUUAAAGUUCUGAAUGGUAAAUUUAGUGGAGAAAUAGAAAAACCAGAUGCCCUCACAUUCCCAGACCAGUACUUCACUUGUACUUCAAAAUGUCUUUCUUGUAGCACCCGAUGUAUUCGAAGUAUGAACCAUGAGCUGGAUCAUUUACCUCAUGAGACAGAGAAGGGAAGAAACUGUCAAUACCAACAUCAAUAUGAAAACAAGGUUUAUUUAUGUAAACAAUGCUAUUUUAAAAGUGGUAAAAAUAUUGUUGUUGUCCCUAAAACCUCUGCAUCAUCAGAUAAUGCUUGGCUUGGUUUUGCUAAGUAUGUUUGGUCAGGGUAUGUGUUGGAAUGCCCAAACUGUGGUAUUAUUUAUCGUAGCCAUGAAUAUUGGUAUGGCAAUCAGGAUAUUGAACAAGUUGUACAAGUGAUGGUCAGUCAUAUCUGGCCCGGUGACCAACGCAACAUGCAAGGGGCCCACAACGCUGCUCGAAAAUUGCUUGAUGGACUUCAUUAUGUUGCUGACACUGUGACUAGUGUUGGUGCUAAACCUACCAAAGUGCUAGCUGACUGGAUGACAGACCAAAUUGCACCAAGCUAUUGGAUUCCUAAUGCACUUAUUGCUCACUGUACAAAUUGUGAGAAAUUAUUUGAAGGGAAUGAGCAGAAGCAUCAUUGCCGAGCUUGUGGGAAAGGCUUUUGUGAUAGCUGCUCAAGUCACAAGGACCCUGUACCUGAACGAGGCUGGGGAGAUACAUUAGUGAGAACCUGUGAUAAAUGUCAUCUAGAAAGAAAUAAUGUUACCAAUCACAAACCAUCAACAAGUCCAUCUCACUCAACACCAGUGACCGCACGUAAAGUUGGUGAAGUUUUGGGAAGUACUAUUGGAGCAGUAGCUUCCAUUGUUGAUUAUCCGUUAGGAAUUAUCAAAGACAGUGUACGUCCAGCAUAUUGGAUUCCUGAUGAAACAGUAACACAAUGUGCAGUGUGUAAUACAGAAUUUGGUCCUAAAGUAUCUAAACACCAUUGCCGUGACUGUGGUAAGGUGGUUUGCCACAAAUGCUCUCCAAACAAGUACUCUGUACCACAUCGAGGUUGGGACUAUCCUGUUAGAGUGUGUCAAAGCUGCGAGGGAAACAGCUCUGCUAAUCUAUGUUAACAGAACUACAUAACCAGAAGAAUUCAAUCAAGACAUUCAUUUAGAAACGACAUGACACUAACUGUGGCCUUUUCUUCAUAAACGACUCUUUCAAGUUGAAAUCAUCCCUGAUUGUCUUAUACUGACCACUGCUGUAUCACGACACAGACAUUGACGCAUUCUUCAACUCAGUCGAACAUUGCAUUAACAACAAAGAACUCUGAAAGCUUUCUGGGACAAAUUUUGAAAUAUUUCUCAAAUAUUCUAAUUUUUCUCAAAUCUUAGGUGGCCAUUUCAACAAUAUUUUGAAUAAUAAUAAUAAGAAUAAUCCUAAUAAUAAUUAUUAUAAUGAUAAUAAUGUUUUGUCUUGGUAUAAAAGAUGGGCUACAGCAAAUAUUCUGCUCAAUACCACAGAUC